AUGAUGGUUGACGAGAGGGUAUUUAUCAGCACAAAUCCCGAGAUUGACACUGUCGUUCUCCAUUUGCAAAUAAUUUCACCACUUGUUGAUUCAAAGCGUGACGUCGCCAAUAUCUUCAACUCAGCCAUCGCAGCCGCAGCCAUCGGCACUGCCUGGGAAGUGGACUUGCUUGACGAAUUGCGCGACCAGAAGAAGGUCGAUGUGCAGCGAACUGCUGCACAGCGUAACCUGGACAGCCGCUCUGUACAGGGCCUGGUCGUCUCGCUAGCCGUGGUUGACGUGGUCAAGCGUGAUCAGGACACUCUCACCGCGGGUAGGCUGCAGGAUGAAGCCUACCGCACAAAGUCACUCUUCCACUGGCUCAGCCUCGGUUCAGGCGGGCUCUUUUCUCGCCUGCAGUACGUGUUGCGGAAUAAGAAUCGCACGGGGGACUUCUAUAGCCGCGACGCAAGGGCGAUCACAUAUGCCUUUGGCGUCGAUCUCGCUGGCCCUGUGAUCAACUUUGCCACCGCCGAGGUAAUACUCCGUGGUCUCGAAGAGUGGCUCUCGUUCACAGAGGGCGAUGCGCGUCAGAUGACCUACCGCGAGGAGUUUUCCCAAAUUGAUCUAUUGACGUGCUUUAUGAUGGGCCAUUAUUUCUGGCCUCGAGAGAACUGUGUUGCCACGCUACAGCAGCUGCGGAACGCCUUUCCUAAUGCCCGCCGCUUCCUCUUGGGAGACACAACUCGGAUUCUUCUGCACAGCGCUAGCUCCUAG